AUGUCGAGACGCUACUCUUUCGAAGAGCCCUACGAUGGAAGGAGGACUCCUCUGCACUCGCAACCACAAUCACAACCCGAACAACAACAUCCCCAAUACCAACCUGAAUACCAACCCCAAUACCAGCCCGAAUACCAAUCAUAUGCACCUCAACAACAACCACAGCAAUAUGCCGAACAACCAUACCUCUCGCAAAACUCUCCUCCAAUAAACCCCGCGGCGCAUCCUGACAGUUCCUUCAACCGAUUGCGAGCAGAACGACGAUAUAGCAGAGGCGCAGAUCAAACAAGCCCAAACCCAAACCCAUUCCAGUCACCCACACCCCCUCCUCAUCGCGAUCCAGAGGGCCGAUAUUGGGGUCGUGACAUGGGAUACGCAAAUACCAAUUCCCCCUUUGCAGACACCACGCCUGGAGUCGACAAUUUUGGGGCGCAGGCUGGAGGCGGCCUGACCGGCAUCGCAAUGAGCAUCGCGGAUGCGAAUGCGAGGGAGAGCGGACUGGAAGCUAUGAGGCAUACACCGGGUUACGUUCAGCACCCACAACGAGAGAUAUCUCCAUUCCAUGAAUCGGAUUCGCCCUACGCAAGAACUCCGCAAUCGGUGUCCUCGUCCCCCGCUCCUCUCGGUGCUGCAGCAUUUCCUCCUGGAUCAUCUACGCCGCAAGCGCGGCCCAUACCUUUGACAUCACACAAUAAUUUUCCUCAGAACGCCUACGGAGACAUACCUCACCGAUAUUCGCGGAAUCUCGACCCCAACCUGACCCAAUUUGAUCCAAACAUUAUCGAAGACGAUGGAGAUGAUGGCCUUGAAUACAGAACUCCGAAUAGAACAUCUAUGCUGAGUUUGGGUCAUCACUCUGACCGAAAUGUUCCUGCGGCUGCAGGAGCUGCUGGAGGAGCUGCGGCUGCAGGCGGUGUCAUGGGCGUUCUGGGCGGCCUGGUCGGGAAAAAUGGAAAUAAUGGCGCUCAACAGUAUGAUCCUGUGCAUGGACACUACGCCCCCAAUGAGUAUAAUCUCGAUGGACCGGAAAAAAAGAGCGAGUGGUUAAAUAAGCAAUCGACGGGGAAAAAGAAGUUGCGGUGGGCCGUAGGUAUACUGGCAGCUCUUCUGCUCCUUGGGGCUAUUGCUGGUGGCGUUGUAGGAGGCAUUUUAGGUUCGAAGAAGAAAUCUUCGUCAUCUGAUACAACUGCCAACGGCCAAUCCGCAAGUGCAGACUUGCAAUCGAAUGGAGAUCUCAACAAAGAUUCUGCCGAGAUUAAGAAGCUUCUGAAUAAUAAGAACCUCCACAAAGUCUUCCCAGGCGUCGAUUACACCCCGAUGUAUACGCAAUACCCAGACUGCAUACACUAUCCUGCAUCCCAAAACAACGUCACUCGAGACGUCGCUGUCCUUUCUCAACUCACCAAUACUAUCCGACUCUAUGGUACAGAUUGCAACCAGACAGAGCUGGUCAUCCAUGCAAUCAAUCAACUCGGUCUAAAAGACAAGGUCAAAAUUUGGAUGGGUGUCUGGCAGGAUAAGAAUGUUACGACCAAUGCCCGGCAGUUAGAACAGAUGUACAAAAUCUUUGAUACGUACGGUGCCGACCCAUUUGUUGGCGUGAUUGUUGGGAAUGAGGUCCUCUUCCGCAAGGACAUGACAGCAACAGAAUUAGGCACCUUAAUUUCGGGCGUCAGGACGAAUUUGACUACCAAGGGAAUCAAGCUCCCGGUUGCCAGUGCGGAUCUAGGAGACAACUGGACGCAAGAUUUUGCAGACAAAGUCGACUAUGUAAUGGCAAAUAUCCAUCCGUUCUUCGCAGGCGUCGAAUCUAAAUCCGCCGCAGCUUGGACCUGGACUUUCUGGCAAGGCAAAGACGCAGCCCUCAAAACUGACCCUUCAAAGAACAUCAUUUCCGAGACCGGCUGGCCAUCCCAAGGAGGCACUGAUUGCGGAAUGGCCACCACAUGUACCACCGGAAGCGUAGCCGCCAUUCCAGACAUGAAUAAUUUCAUGAAUGACUGGGUGUGUCAGGCGCUGGCAAACGGCACGAAUUACUUCUGGUUCGAAGCGUUUGAUGAGCCAUGGAAGUGGACGUUUAAUGAGCCGGGCAAAGAGUGGGAAGAUCAGUGGGGACUGAUGGAUGUUAAUAGGGACUUGAAACCGGGGGUUGUUAUUCCCAGUUGCGGGGGAAAGACGGUUGGUUGA